AUGGCAGCCUCCAUGACAAAAAUCAUGCUUGCUCAAAAUGCUUUCGUUUUACCGAUCAAAAGACUAUUUUGGAGAUGUGAAAACUGUUAUCGAAAGUGUACAGUUAGGAGAUGGAAGCAUAUGAAACCAAUUUCUAGUGUAGAUGAUACAGAUUCUGUUGAAGCCAUUGUUGGAAACAAAACACUUCAUUUAUCAACUGGAAAGUUAGCAAGAUUAACAGAUGGAUGUGCAGUUGCUCAGUUGGGUGAUACAUCAGUUCUUGUGACAGCUGUGGGAAGGAAGAAGCCUACAGCAACAAACUUCCUUCCAUUAACAGUUGAUUACAGACAAAAGGCUGCAGCUGCUGGUAGAAUUCCAACCAAUCACCUGAGACGAGAGAUGGGAAACAGUAACCUGGAGAUUCUUACAAGCAGAAUGAUUGAUAGGUCAAUCAGGCCGCUGUUUCCGAAGGGUUAUUUCUAUGAAACGCAGAUUGUAUGUAAUCUUCUUGCUGUGGAUGGAGCUCAUGAUCCUGAUGUGGUCUGUAUAAAUGCUGCCUCCACAGCCCUAGCCCUGUCUGACAUCCCAUGGAAUGGUCCAGUGGGUGCAGUUAGGGUUGGCCUCGUAAACGAUGACGUCAUCAUUAAUCCCACAAGGUUGCAGCUGAGUAAGAGUCGUCUUAACUUGGUGCUUGCUGGUGCUAGGAAGAGCAGCAUAGUCAUGCUGGAGGCUUCAGCAGACAACAUCUUACAGAAUGACUUUGUGAAGGCUAUUCGAGCUGGCUUAAAGGAAACCCAGGUCAUAAUUCAACAGAUAGAGAAACUAGCCAAGAGGGCCGGCAAGGACAAGAGAGUUCCUGAGAAACUCUUUGUGCCCUCAGAGGAAGUGGUCGAGGCUGUCAGUAGAUUAACAAGAGAUAGAUAUUAUGAAGUUUAUACAGAUGUAACACACGAUAAGUUUUCCAGGGAUCAGGCUUCUUCAGCUGUCCGAGAUGAAUUUAUUGAACAAAUACAAGAAUUAUUUCCAUCUGAAGAGUCAUUUUUUAUCAAUGAAGCAUUCAACACUGUUGCCAAAGAAGUAUUCAGGGGUCUCAUACUAGAGCAAGACAGAAGGUGUGACGGACGAGAUCUAAAGCAGCUGAGAGAUAUUAGAUGUGAAGUCAAUCUAUUCAAACCUCUUCAUGGGUCAGCGCUGUUUCAAAGAGGUCAAACGCAAUGUCUUUGUACAGUGACGUUUGACUCUAUUGAAUCCGCUCUUAGAACGGAUCCAAUCAUGGAGAUGGCAGGCGGAGUGAAAGACAAGAAUUUCAUGUUACAUUACGAGUUUCCGCCGUAUGCAACCAAUGAGACUGGAAGAUUAAUGGCUGGAAGGAGGGAACUUGGGCAUGGUAACCUAGCAGAGAAGUCUCUGAAACCGGUGAUACCCAGUGACUUUCCAUUCACAAUACGGCUCACCAGUGAAGUUUUGGAAUCAAAUGGGUCUUCAUCUAUGGCCUCAGCAUGUGGAGGCAGUUUAGCUCUAAUGGAUGCAGGGGUACCAAUUAGCAAUGCAGUAGCUGGAGUAGCCAUUGGUUUAAUGACUGCAACUGAACCUGGUGAUUCACAUAACAUCACUGACUACAGGUUACUGACAGACCUGCUGGGUAUCGAGGACUACAUGGGUGACAUGGACUUCAAGAUGUCAGGUACUAAGAAAGGAAUUACAGCACUACAGACUGAUCUGAAGUUGCCAGUUUCAAUGAAGAUUAUACAUGAAGCUAUUCAGCACGCAACGGCAGGCAAGAGUGAGAUUUUGAACAUUAUGGCAACUGCCUUGGCCAAACCACGAGAUGGACACAAGGAUAAUAGCCCAGUCACAGAAAACCUUGAAGUACCCAUCCCGAGAAGGUCAAAGUUUGUUGGACCAGGGGGAUACAACCUGAAGAAAAUACGGGCAGAAACAGGGGUAACAAUCUCCCAGUUGGAUGAGAAUCAUUUCUCCAUCUUUGCACCAACGCCAAACGCCAUGGAAGAGGCCAAAGAAAUCAUUGAAGAGUUGUUGGAAGAGGACAGGGAGCCAGACCUUGCAUUUGGAGCUAUAUAUGUGGCAACAAUCAUGGAAGUUAGAGAGGCUGGUGUGAUGGUCAAACUGUAUCCCACAAUGCAACCUACACUGCUGCAUAACUCACAACUCGACCAACGGAAGGUCAACCACCCAAGUGCGUUGGGCUUUGAAGUCGGCCAGGAGAUCUCCGUCAAAUAUUUUGGUCGAGACCCCGUCAGUGGCAAGAUGAGGUUAUCAAGGAAGGCUCUAAUGGCCCCUGCCUCGGCUCUCAUCAAGAAUCUUACUGGCAAUAAAACUACAUGAAGAGAACUGCAGGCCUGAACGAACGCGCUUGCCUCCAUGCCCCCUGGUCAUUGCCUUGGUGCCCUUGAAAUGCUACAGUAGACUUUCACAAUUUCCUCAUAGGGUGCCUUUUACCAAGGAGAAAAUGCCUUGAUGCUCUUGCCCUUUCAAAAACGAAGCAUACAGGCCUAAAACUGGGAUAUAUCCCAGAGAAAGAGUAGAGAAAGAGAAUAUUUGUCAUCUGCAGAUUGUAGAAAGGAGGACAGUUCUUUUCAGAACUGAGAAGUCUCCCAAAUUCUGAAUAUCUACUCUGCGGUAGUAGAAUA